AUGGCCCGUAAGUGCAAGAGCGCUGUGGAUACGCACGACACCUGCCCGCAGGAUCUCAACGAGAUCCCGUACAUCGGAUGGAUGAACAAGCAGAUAGCUGCUGGUCGCAAGCCCGCUGGCCCUGUACCCGAGGGGAUACCGUCUGCUGGCGGUACCUCGUUUGAAGCUCCUCGUGACGUGCCGUCCCGUGUGCAUCGUGGUGCUGACAGGGUGGCGUCGUCGCGUACUGUUGACGACGACACGUUCGCCAACGAGAUCGAUGAAGAUGAUUUCGACUACAACGAGAACGACGACGGCUCUGACGACGACAACUCUGGCGACGAGGAGGACAAGGGCAUGUCAGACAACGAUGAUGAGGCUGAGGCCGACGAGGUCGACGCGCCGGAGGAGGUGCAGCCGGAGACACAAGCUGCGCGUCGCGGGCGCCCCACGGCAGCGAGGGGUGGUAAAACCGCGCCCAAGGGAGGUGAUCCCCCAUGCCGUGCGCCGAAGUCCCUCAACCAGAUUCCUGUCAAGCGGAGCGUCUGGUUCCAGCGAGAGAACCCGAUCUUCGUCGCGGCGCGAUGGUUUGCCAAGGACGAUCUCGAGCCCCUCAUCGGCAAACAGGGGUCUCAGUACUGGGCCUGCCUCGUGGCGCACAUCGAGAAGGAGAACCCCGGGUGGGUGCACGGCACUAAUGCGGUGCAGAAGCAGUGGCGCAACCUCCUACGCAUCUACAAACAGUUGAAGAAGGGGGAGAGGGCUUCGGGGAAGGGUGCGGUGUGCAAGCCUCCUUGGUGGCCGUAUAUGGAGUUGUACCAGGACAACCGUGCGACGGCGGGUCCGCACGCCGUGGACGGUGGCGGUGCGACAAACGUCCACGUGCCCUGCGGGUUUGCCGUGCCUUCCACUUCGGCCCGUGCAACCUUGACUCCAACGUUCACUGAGCCCCCUCCGCAGAGUACUCCGACAUCGAAGCGUCCGCGUGUCGUCGAGAUUGCCACCAUGGCGGCAUCUAAGUUGGUAUGUGACACCAUCAAAGGGUGCCACGUCGACGUGAUGUCCAAGCUCGAGGGCCUCCCCACGACGGCCGGCGCAGGAGGCGCCGACGACGGAUGGUAUCGUCGCCCGCAGGCAGAGGACGCAUCCGCUAACCCCGAGGCGCCGGAGGAGGAGGUGUGGGUUCGCGGUGCCUCCGAGUAA